GGAAGAUGCAACAAAACCAAGUCAAAAAGGAGACAAAAGAGAAGGACUUUUUCACAGAAUACGGCGACUCCAACCGAUACAGAAUCCUCGAAGUCAUCGGCAAAGGAAGCUACGGAGUUGUCUGUGCAGCCAUCGACACACACACGGGGGAGAAAGUUGCUAUUAAGAAGAUCAACGACGUCUUUGAACACGUCUCCGACGCGCUUAGGAUGCUCCGUGAGGUGAAGCUUCUUAGGCUUCUGAGGCAUCCUGAUAUAGUGGAGAUCAAAAGCAUCAUGCUUCCUCCUUCUAAAAGAGAGUUUAAAGAUAUUUAUGUUGUGUUUGAGCUCAUGGAGUCUGAUCUUCAUCAAGUUAUUAAAGCUAAUGAUGAUUUGACUAAGGAGCAUCAUCAGUUUUUUCUUUAUCAGAUGCUUCGUGCCUUGAAGUUUAUGCACACAGCUAAUGUGUAUCAUCGUGAUCUCAAGCCAAAGAAUAUACUGGCGAAUGCAAACUGCAAGUUGAAAGUUUGUGAUUUUGGAUUGGCUAGAGUGGCGUUUAAUGAUACUCCUACAACAGUCUUUUGGACGGACUAUGUUGCAACGAGAUGGUACAGAGCGCCUGAGCUCUGUGGAUCAUUCUUUUCUAAGUAUACUCCAGCUAUUGACGUUUGGAGCAUUGGCUGCAUAUUUGCAGAGGUACUAACAGGGAAGCCAUUGUUUCCGGGGAAAAGCGUUACUCAUCAGUUGGAGUUGAUUACUGAUCUUCUUGGCACACCAAAGUCAGAGACCAUCUCUGGAGUUCGAAAUGAUAAAGCUAGAAAAUACUUGAGUGAGAUGAGGAAGAAAGAUCCUGUCACAUUCUCUCAAAAAUUCUCCAAAGCAGAUCCGUUAGCAGUCAGACUUUUGCAGAGGCUGUUGGCUUUUGAUCCAAAGGAUAGACCCACUGCUGCAGAGGCACUGGCUGAUCCUUACUUUAAGGGUCUUUCUAAGGUUGAAAGAGAACCAUCGUGUCAGCCAAUCUCGAAGAUGGAGUUUGAAUUUGAGAGAAGAAGGUUGACAAAGGAUGACAUUAGGGAACUUAUUUACAGGGAAAUAUUGGAAUACCAUCCUCAGUUGCUCAAGGACUAUAUGAGCGGUUCUGAGGGUUCCAGUUUUGUAUAUCCUAGCGCCAUAGGACAUCUUAGGAAGCAGUUCAAUUACUUAGAGGAGAAUAGCAGUAGAAAUGGGCCGGUUAUACCUCCUGAGAGGAAGCAUGUCUCUCUUCCUCGGUCUACGGUUCACUCAAGUGUAGUCCAUUCCACUAGUCAACCCAACUUGUGUGCCACAGAGAGCAGACGUGUUCAUUUCGAGCAGCCUUCAAGAAAUGGAGCAGUUUCUUCAACUAAAGCUUUAGGACCUCCACCAAGAGUACCACCAUCAGGUAGACCAGGUCGUGUUGUGGAACCAUCUGCAUCUUAUGAGAAUGGCAGGAACCUCAAAGAAGCUUAUUUCAGAAGCGCUGUAUCAUCUCCUCACUGCUACUUCAAAGCAAACACAAUGAUGAACCCAGAUAAAGCUUCUUCUCAGCCAAAACCGCAAGAGUUCAUCCACCAAUACACUCCCACCGUGCCGCCUUCAGCUUCCAGGAACCAACCAAACCCUUAUUUCCAGUCACAGCACCCCAAGACAGAUCAAUCAAGCAACAGCAACACACAUAUGGCCAUUGAUCUGUUGCAAGCACAAUCACAGUUUGGUCCAGCUGGAGCCGCAGCGGUUGCAGUAGCAGCACACCGGAACGUAGGCACAGUUAGUUACAGUGCAGCGUCUUAGAGACUCAUCAAACAAACAGCAUUCGAGACAGAACGUUAACCAGAACCAGGUGAUUCCAUCAUCCAGCUUUUUAUGUAAAGUAUUGUUUCAGGCAGGUUCUGAUUUGAUUGAAAUGAUGUAAUAAAAGACAUUCAGAUGUAGUGUAACUCGCAAGAGCAAGAUUCGGUUUAGAUCAGUCUGAUGGUUUCGAUUAUCUUGUUGGCUCCAUAGUUUUUGAAUUUGUUAUUAGCGUAGUUCAUUGAAGAGAAGAUGGUUGUGAUUAUAUACUUCUUGAACUUCAAGAUUGGUCCCAUUACUAUCUAUCUUACGAGGUU